CCAGCUCGCGCGUCGGAGGGUGUGCGCACAUGCCGGCUUACUUUCUGUUCAAUACUUUUGGAAACUAGACCCGAUUUGCCUUGGGCUUGAAGGCGCGUAAAACAUCCCCACGCCCACACACGGCCUUGGACGUGAACCAGAAACGAAUCCUGCUUCGGAUCCAGGGGUCUGGCUCACCGACCUCAGGUAUUGAAAAAUCUCCUCUAGAGUUUUUGGAAGGCUGAAUGGGCGAAACAUGAAGAGCUUGAAAGCGAAGUUCAGGAAGAGCGAUACCAACGAGUGGAACAAGAACGAUGACCGGCUGCUGCAGGCUGUGGAGAAUGGCGAUGCAGACAAGGUUGCCUCACUGCUGGGCAAGAAGGGGGCCAGUGCCACCAAACACGACAGCGAGGGCAAGACUGCUUUCCAUCUUGCUGCCACAAAAGGACACAUGGAAUGCCUUAGAGUUAUGGUUACACACGGUGUGGAUGUGACAGCCCAGGACACAGCCGGACACAGUGCUUUGCACCUCGCAGCCAAGAACAGCCACCACGAGUGCGUCAGGAAGCUCCUUCAGUCUAAAUGUUCAGCCGAAAGUAUUGACAACUCUGGGAAAACAGCUUUACACUACGCAGCGGCACAGGGCAGCCUUCAAGCCGUGCAAGUUCUUUGUGAGCACAAAAGCCCCAUAAACCUCAAGGAUUUGGAUGGGAAUAUACCACUGCUUCUUGCAGUUCAAAAUGGCCACAGUGAGGUCUGUCGCUUUCUCCUGGAUCAUGGAGCAGAUGUAAAUUCCAGGGACAAGAAUGGAAGGACUGCUCUCAUGCUGGCUUGUGAGAUUGGCAGCUCUAACAUUGUGGAAGCCUUAAUUAAAAAGGGUGCAGACCUAAUCCUUGUGGACUCUCUUGGACACAAUGCCUUACAUUACUCCAAACUCUCAGAAAAUGCAGGAAUUCAAAGCCUUCUAUUAUCAAAAAUCUCUCAGGAUGCUGAUUUAAAGACACCAACAAAACCAAAGCAGCAUGAUCAAGUCUCUAAAAUAAGCUCAGAAAGAAGUGGAACUCCAAAAAAACGCAAAGCUCCACCACCUCCUAUCAGUCCUACCCAGUUGAGUGAUGUGUCUUCCCCAAGAUCAAUAACUUCAACACCACUUUCUGGAAAAGAAUCAGUAUUUUUUGCUGAACCACCCUUUAAGCAGGCUGAGAUCAGUUCUAUCCGGGAAAACAAAGAUAGACUAAGCGAUAGCACUACAGGUGCUGACAGUUUGUUGGAUAUAAGUUCUGAGGCUGACCAACAAGAUCUUCUUGUCCUAUUACAAGCAAAAGUUGCUUCUCUUACCUUACACAAUAAGGAAUUACAAGAUAAGUUACAGGCCAAAGCACCCAAGGAGGCAGAAGCAGACCUGAGCUUUGACUCUUACCACUCCACUCAAACUGAUUUGGCCCCACCCCUGGGCACAGCGAGUGAAACCUCACCCCCAGACCCCAAAUCAUCUCCGCCUGUCUUAACUCAGUCCUUGGUGAAACCCACAGCCGACAGCGAUGUCAGCAUUCACCAACUCCAAGAGAUUCUGCAGGACUUGCAGAGGAGACUGGAGAGCUCUGAAGCGGAGAGGCAGCAGCUCCAGGACGAGCUGCAGUCCAGAAGGACAGAACUCGUGUGCGUAAACAAUGCUGAGAUUUCAGAGAACGGCUCCGACCUCAGCCAGAAGCUAAAAGAAACUCAGAGCAAGUAUGAGGAGGCCAUGAAAGAAGUCCUCAGUGUGCAGAAGCAGAUGAAACUAGGGCUUGUCUCCCCCGAGAGCGUGGACAGCUAUUCCCAUCUCCGUGAGCUGAGGCUGAGCGAGGAGGAAAUAGGUGUGCUGAAGCAGGAUCUCCAGAAGGCAUUAGAAGAAAGUGAAAGAAAUAAAGAGAAAGUGAGAGAGUUAGAGGAAAGACUUGUGGAGAGGGAAAAAGGCAUGGCGAUGAAGCCAUCUGCGGAAGAGUAUGAAGAGAUGAAAAGUUCCUAUUGCUCUGUGAUUGAGAAUAUGAAUAAGGAGAAAGCGUUUUUGUUUGAAAAAUACCAGGAGGCCCAAGAAGAAAUCAUGAAAUUAAAAGAGACACUGAAAAAUCAGGUGCCCCAGGAGGCCGGGGAUGAUGCUGGGGAUAUGAAGGAGGCCAUGAAUCGCAUGAUAGAUGAACUCAACAAGCAGGUGAGUGAGCUCUCCCAGCUGUACAAGGAGGCCCAGGCCGAGCUGGAGGAUUAUCGGAAGAGGAAAUCUCUGGAGGACGUGACAGCUGAGUAUAUUCAUAAAGCAGAGCACGAGAAGCUAAUGCAGGUGACGAACGUCUCCAGGGCUAAGGCAGAGGAGGCGCUGUCUGAAAUGAAGACUCAGUACUCAAAAGUGUUGCAUGAGUUGAGCCAACUCAAGCAACUGGUGGAUGCACAGAAGGAGAACUCUGUGUCCAUCACAGAGCACCUGCAGGUGGUCACCACGCUGCGGACAGCUACCAAAGAAAUGGAGGAAAAAAUCAGCAAUCUGAAGGAGCACCUUGCCAGCAAGGGUGCCCAAGUGGCCACGCUGGAGAAGCAGCUCCUGGAAGAGAAGGCGGCAAUGACUGACGCCAUGGUACCCCGGUCCUCCUACGAGAAGCUCCAGUCGUCUUUAGAAAGUGAAGUGAGUGUGUUGGCAUCGAAAUUAAAGGAUUCAGUCAAGGAGAAAGAGAAGGCCCAUGCAGAAGUUAGCCAGAUUCGAAGCGAGGUCUCCCAAGUGAAAAGGGAAAAGGAAAAUUUUCAGUCUCUCUUGAAAUCCAAAGAGCAAGAAGUAGGCGAACUUCAGCAGAAAUUCCAACAUGCUCAGGAAGAGCUUGCAGAGAUGAAGAGAUAUUCUGAGAGCUCUUCAAAACUGGAGGAGGAUAAAGAUAAGAAGAUAAAUGAUAUGUCAAAGGAAGUCACCAAAUUGAAGGAGGCCCUGAACAGCCUGUCGCAGCUCUCCUACUCAACGAGCUCAAGCAAGAGGCCGAGUCAGCAGCUGGAAGCUCUGCAACAGCAGGUCAAGCAGCUACAGAACCAGCUGGCUGAAUGUAAGAAGCAACACCAGGAGGUCAUAUCAGUUUACAGAAUGCAUCUUCUGUAUGCUGUGCAGGGCCAAAUGGAUGAAGAUGUCCAGAAGGUGCUGAAGCAAAUCCUCACCAUGUGUAAACACCAAUCCCAAAAGAAAGGCUUCUUUCUGAACACCAUUCCAGAAGACUCUCCUGCUCAGAACUUCACCAUGGCAGAGGUGAAAGGCUUGGUCAUCUGGUCAGACUCUAGAGCUGUUCCUGGUCUGCAUCUACCCCACAUGGCUUCAUCAUCGCCUGUUCCUACACUCAGGCUGUGCCGUUGAGCAGGGGAGGGCUCUUUUGGUUGUCAAUACCACCACAUGAUUUAAUUUCUAACCAAAUAGUAUGGCACUGCUCAAUUAAGAUCCUUUAUCAUGAUACCCUGUGGAUUUAAAAACUCUUAAUUCCAUCCUUUGUCCCCAUCUGCCUUACAGAUCUCCUCCCUGCUUAUCAAUCCAGUUUGAUAAGCACUAAUAACUAAACAGGUUAAAAAACUAAAGCAAGUUGUCUUUGAAAGUUCUUAAGUAAAUCAUUGACAUACUGCAAAUUUUCUAUGCAAACUUGCCUCCUGCUAUUCUCCAUGAAGCUCAGGAAAUCCAAACAUUUGUGUUUCAACAAAGGAUAGUAAACUGUGUGUUUACAGCCAAAAGAAUGCCUCAUAGUUCAUAACCUCAAUUUUUUGAAAGUGUUUUUUUUUUUCCUCUACAAUAUUUAUAUUGGCUCUUAAGGAUGUUUUCAUACCUAAGUCCCUAAAGUGAAAUUUACAUUAGACUAUAUUAAAACAUUUUUUAGAUAACCAUGCAUAAGACUUUUUAAAAAUAGAACUUUUUCCUCGACGUUUUCAGCUAUAGCAAAAGGUAGUUAUGUAUUCUGAACUCAAUAUGAGCUGCCCCCAAUAGCCCUAGAUGUCCUGCCGAUGUGUCCCCAGGACUGUGGCAUAUGUCUAAAUACAGUAAAUCCUUUUUAUCAUUGAAUAUGUUCAAAUGCCGCAGCUCAUACCAGGCCCAUAGAUUAUCUGAAAUGCUGUCUGCAAGGACUGUUAGCACCAGUAGGGUAAGCAUGAUGGUGCCUAGCAAAAUUCAUGGGGGAAAUGUUUCUGUUUACUUCAAUGUUAAAUGUUUCAAACUUGCUACCAAGUUGACAUUGAUCUUAUUGAGGGCUGUGGACUGAAUACAAAAGUCUCUUAGGUUAUAUAUGGCUGAACGUGUAGGCUGCUCUAACAGGGAUCCCCAGACCCCAGGGCUGCCUGGGCUCAGAGGGCGCUUGGCUGCAUUGGGUGAUGGUUCAUCUGUGUUGGAGGAAGACCAAUGCCAGCAAAGCAAAAAUGGCUUUCAUGGUGUUAGUUUUCUUAAGUUGUUUAUAGUUAGGCAAUUUCAAAAAUGCUCCAAAGAAAUGUGAAAGAACUUUUUGUUGUAGCACUUAAGAAAACACUAAACAUCACCCCCCCUCCUGCCCCCACACAGAAAUGCUGCAGAGUAUGAAACUUGAGACAUUUUGUAGGAUGCCUGACAAAGUAUAUAGCCUUUUUUAUCUUGUUUCAGGAUACAUAUUUAUUACAAGUACUCUGGUUAAAUAUUGAAAAGUUAUAUGCUGUAGUUUAGCAUUUUGCCUUUGUAAUUUACAGAAGACAUUGCAGAAAAUAAACUUUUGUUUCAUUUUGCAUAUCUG